CACACCCAUAGACUCGCGAAACUGCCGGCGGCCAACAAACUUGUGCCUUGCGCCACGCCAUCUGUUUCCAAAGCAACCCCGGUGCCUCUUAGCAAACGCGCGUGCGGCCGGGGUGGAUCUUACGAGCCCCGAGCCCCGCUCCCCGCGCCCCGCGAUGGCGGCAGCGAGUCCCAGCGUCUUCUUACUUAUGGUCAACGGGCAGGUGGAGAGCGCCCAGUUUCCAGAGUAUGACGACCUCUACUGCAAGUACUGCUUUGUGUACGGCCAGGACUGGGCUCCCACGGCGGGUCUAGAGGAGGGGAUCUCACAGAUCACAUCCAAGAGCCAAGAUGUGCGGCGAGUGCUGGUGUGGAACUUCCCCAUUGAUGUCACCUUUAAGAGCACCAACCCCUAUGGCUGGCCUCAGAUUGUGCUCAGUGUGUAUGGACCAGAUGUGUUCGGGAAUGAUGUCGUCCGUGGCUAUGGUGCGGUGCACGUGCCUUUCUCACCUGGCCGGCACAAAAGGACCAUCCCCAUGUUUGUGCCAGAGUCUACAUCUAAACUGCAGAAGUUCACAAGCUGGUUCAUGGGACGGCGGCCCGAAUACACAGACCCCAAGGUGGUGGCUCAGGGUGAAGGCCGGGAAGUGACACGAGUCCGUUCUCAGGGCUUUGUUACCCUCCUCUUCAAUGUGGUGACCAAGGACAUGAGAAAGCUGGGCUACGACACUGGACCUGUGGACACACAGGGCCUCCAGGGGCCCAGCCUGCCUUAGGGCAUCUCCUGGUGAAGGCAUCUGACUCUUCCACCUGCCCACCCCAAGUCUGGCCAGGUUGGCCCACCAGCUCUAAAAUAACCAAGGGCUUCUUUUUUAGAGUUAGUCAUGGCCUAAAGUAUGGCCUGGUGCUGUGCGGGGUUUGGGGACAAUAAAAUUGUUUUGUAUAAUAAACUAUCACAUUUUCAGAAA